AUGCUCACAGCACCGCACCUCACACUACACCGCGCGAUCUUCCACGUCUCCCUGCCGCUGCCGCCCACCUGGAAGCACCACGCCGCCGGCUUGCCAGUGCCACGACAGUGGUACCUCAAGACGUUGAUGUGCACGCGGUACUUGGUGACGUUGAUGAACAAGCGGUACCGGGUGACGCUCAUGGACAAGCGGUACCGGGUGACGCUCAUGGACAAGCGGUACCCGGUGACGCUCAUGGACAAGCGGUACCCGGUGACGCUCAUGGACAAGCGGUACCCGGUGACGCUCAUGGACAAGCGGUACCCGGUGACGCUCAUGGACAAGCGGUACCCGGUGACGCUCAUGGACAAGCGGUACCGGGUGACGCUCAUGGACAAGCGGUACCGGGUGACGCUCAUGGGCAAGCGGUACCCGGUGACGCUCAUGGACAAGCGGUACCCGGUGACGCUCAUGGACAAGCGGUACCCGGUGACGCUCAUGGACAAGCGGUACCCGGUGACGCUCAUGGACAAGCGGUACCCGGUGACGCUCAUGGACAAGCGGUACCCGGUGACGCUCAUGGACAAGCGGUACCCGGUGACGCUCAUGGACAAGCGGUACCCGGUGACGCUCAUGGACAAGCGGUACCCGGUGACGCUCAUGGACAAGCGGUACCCGGUGACGCUCAUGGACAAGCGGUACCCGGUGACGCUCAUGUGGACAAGCGGUACCCGGUGA